AUGGAGCAAUACGACGUAGCAGUUGUCGGACUUGGUGUCCUCGGAAGUGCAGCAGCCUACCAAGCCGCACAGAAAGGAAAGAAAGUCAUCGCAUUUGAACAGUUCGAAUUUGGGCACGUACACGGGGCCUCGCACGACACAUCGCGCAUUGUUAGAACUUCCAACGCCUUACCCGAAUAUGUCAAGCUUGCUCAGUCGGCCUAUAAGGACUGGGCUGAAUUGGAAAAAGCGACCGGCCAAAAGCUGCUUACCAUCACCGGUGGUCUCGUUUUCGUCCCUCGGGAUAAUGCCUCACCAUUCGAAAGUUUAAUCAAGACUCUGGAUAUCACGAACUUACCCCACGAGAUUCUGAAUGCCACUGAAGUGAAAACGCGCUGGCCCCAGUUCGACAUCCCCGACACGGUCGAUGCAGUGUACACGGCCGAUACGGGUAUAGCCCAUGCUUCCAAAACAGUUGCUGCCAUGCAGUAUUUGGCACGUUCGAAUGGUGCAGUCCUGAAGGAGAAUACUCCUGUCGAUCGUGUGAUUCCGAAGAAGGCGGGAGGAGUCACUAUCCAGACACCGAAGGGAGAAUUCUACGCAGCGAAGGUGAUUCUCACCACCGAUGCGUGGACGAAUAAGCUACUCGCGCCCUUGGGAGUGCACAUUCCUCUGUCAGUGAUGCAGGAACAAGUAACCUACUUCAAGCCCACCGAUCCAGCUGCUUUCCAGCCAGACCGAUUCCCCGUAUGGAUCUGGGGCGGCGAUCCAGCUUUCUAUGGGUUCCCAUCUUAUGGCGAGCCGACGAUCAAAGCCGGUCGUGAUUCUUCGAACAACUUCAUGACUCCUGAGCAACGGACCUAUGUACCAUCGCCCCAGUUGUUCGAGCAGCUCUCCUCAUUCAUGGGGAGCUUUAUACCCGACAAGGAACGCCAGCCGCUUCGCACAGUGACUUGUCAGUAUACGAUCACACCAGAUCGACAGUUCAUCAUCAGUCCCCUGGAAAACAAUAAGGAUAUAAUCGUGGGCUUGGGCGCUGCACAUGCCUUUAAGUUUGCCCCUGCCUUUGGUCGCGCGCUGGCUGAACUAGCAAUAGACGGAAAGACUAAGGAGGAUAUUUCAAAGUUUGGGAUUCCAAAGGCUGCUUCUUCUAGCAGCAAGCUGUAA